UUCUUGCUUAACCUGGAGGAAAGCUGGCAGCCCGCCCACCCCGGUGACCCCCUGUCAUCCCCAUCACCCUCAACCUUCUUAUGUAGGAGUUAGAGAUUCAGACUCGGGGUCUCACACCGGGAAGUUCACCAUUACGCUUUAAACCAUCCCUCCAGCUCCUUUUUGGCUCAGUAUGUAAUCCUGACUUGCUGGGAACUCAUUACAAAGCCCGAUAGGACCUUGAACUUGUGGUAGUCUCUGUAAUGCCUGAACACUUCUGUGAUUAGAGUUAAUUUACAGUUAUGUGUUACUCUGCCUGGUGUUGAUUCUGUUCAAUCAACACUUGAGGGCAGCAAUAAAAUUACAUCACACAGACUAGGUAACUUCAUUAUCUGAAAAUACGAGCGGUGUGAUUUGGCCAGGUUGUUCAUGGAUAAUAAACAGUUUUGUUUAUUAUUUAAAAAGUAAAGCCAUAAAGACGCCUCGUUGGGUAAAGGAGUUUGCCACCAAGUUGGAUAACCUGAGUUCUAUUCCUGGAACCCAGAUACUGUAAGGAAAGAAUCAACUCUCAGAAGUUGACCUCUGACCUCCACGUGUGCUCUGUGACAGCCAUACCGUUUGCUCUUCCUGGUGCUGCGUUUAAAACGCUGACCAAAAGCAAUUCAGAGAGGAAAGGUUUUAUCUGGCUUAUAGCUUAAAGUCUGUCUUUGAGGGAAGUCAGGGCAUGUUGGGAACACAAAGGUUCUUGUGCCCAAAGAGCAUUAGGGAGCCAGGGUUGUUAAACACACAGGGUUCUCUCCUCAGUGGAGGAGAUAAAAUGCCUGUUUUCCCACACAGAAGACUAGAAGUAGCUAUUGUUAAUGACCUGUUGACAUUUGUGCUGUCCGUGGAGUCAGACCAAACUCACCUUUUGCUAUAUAGGCAGAGCUUACCCAAAUCCUACAAGAUGUUUAUUCCAUAACAUCUCUCCCUCCACUGCUUCUAAAAAAAACCCAUCCUUAGUGGAGAUGCCACAUGUAUUUUAUGUCCCGCUAAUCUCUAUGCUAUUGGUCAGAGACCACACUAGAUUCUAGGAUGUUCAGCUGUAAAGCUCUCCCUCAUCUCAUGGUCACGUGUACUUUGUAAAGGAGUUUCUAUAUAAUAAAACCUUAAGGUUUAUUAUUCACUUAGAAUUGGAUUGAUUGGGCUGGAGAGGUUGCUCAGUGGUUAAGAGCACUGACUGCUCUUCCAGAGGUCCUGAGUUCAAAUCCCAGCAACCACAUGGUGGCUCACAACCAUCUGUAAUGGGAUCCGAUGCCCUCUUCUGGUGUCUGAAGACAGCUACAGCAUACUUAUAUAUAAUAAGUAAAUAAAUAUUUUUUUAAAAAAUAAUUGGAUUGAUUGUUCCCUGGAAGCUUUUUCCCCAAACUGUACUGUGUUCAAAAUAUGCUGACAGUGAACCCCCUGACAUUGGACUCCCUGAGUCUGAUCCAGGUUGGUGAUUAAGUGUGAACCACUUUCAUUCUCCUCUCUCCAUGGGUUCCUUUCCUGCUUGGAUGACUGCAGGAAUGCUUCCCUCAAGGGUGGUGUAAAGGCUAUUCCUAGUUGUCAACCUGACUGUAUCUGGAAUGAACUACAAUCCAGAAUUGGAGGGCUCGCCUGUGAUCCAGAUCUUGAGGCUAGAAGACACACAUUUCUGACCUGGAUCUUGGCCUGGAGAUCUUGAGUCAUAGUGGCCAUGAAAAGCUUAGGCCCACACACCUUUAAUCCCAGGAGACUGAGUCAAGGAGAUCUCUGAGUUCAAAGUCAACCUGGGACAAAACAAGUCCCAGAUCCAGGGGUAGUGGCACACACCUUUAAUCCGGGCCACACCUUCUGCUGGGGACUACAUAAGGACGUUGGAAGAAGGAAGAUUCACUCUUCUUGCCUGCUUGCAUCCACUUGCCAGCACCUCUGUUGGAACCCACUGAACAGAAGAGCGGCUGAAACAACUAGCCUCGUGGGACUGAGUAACUACUGGAUUCUUGGACUUCCCAUCCACAAUAGCCAUUGUUGGGGAGUCGGACUACAGACUCAGGAAUUGUGUGCCUCUAACUUUCAGCCUGCUAGAAGAAGUCACUGGGGGAAAAAAGGGGACGGUUUAAAAAGUGAUUAUGGCGGCGAGCACUAUGGAGGCAUACGAGCAGGUACAGAAGGGCCCCCUGAAGCUGAAAGGUGUGGCAGAGCUUGGCGUGACGAAGCGGAGGAAGAAGAAGGACAAAGACAAGGCCAAGAUGCUGGAGACCAUGGGGAUGAGAAAGAAGAGCGAGGAGGAGAAGCAGCACUGUCUGGACAAGCGCACGCCGGCGCAGGCUGCCUUUGAAAAGAUGCAGGAGAAGCGGCAAACGGAAAGGAUCCUGAAGAAGGCGUCGAAAACCCACAAGCAGAGAGUGGAGGACUUCAACCGACACCUGGACACACUCACCGAGCACUAUGACAUUCCCAAGGUCAGCUGGACCAAGUAA